AUGUUGGCGGCUUUUUCGCUGUCCCUUAAACCCUUCCCUUUAUUGCACUCCUCUUCUAAGGGCGUCGCUCCGAUCAGAAAUGUCGACUUCGAGAAUGGCAGUUCUGGCAAAAACCUUCACUACCCUGUCCGUUGUCUUCCAAUAAAAGCAGCUGAUGGCGGCGGCGAUAAUGGUGGGGCUGGUGAUGGAAAUGGCAGUGGAGAUUCUUUUGGUGGUGGUGGUGGAGGAGGAGGAGACGGUGGCGAUAGUGAGGAAGAUAAAGAGUUUGGACCGAUAUUGAAGUUCGAGGAUGUAAUGAAGGAGAAAGAGACUCGUGGAGUUGAGCUUCCUGCUGAUAUGUUGGAAGCUGCUAAAUCUGCCGGGAUUAUCCAAUUGUUUCUCCUUCGUUCCCCCGAUUUGCAGGGAUCAGCAUGGCCACUAGGUUUUGUUUUGUUUUUCUCUAUCAUCAGAAGCUUAAAGAAAUCAGAAAAGGACAUUCCUGUUCCAGCUCGUUGGGGUGUGUUCCUUUCUGUAUCUUCCAACCGUAGUUGGCAAAUUAUCACCGGACAGGACCGCCUGGUUGGAGCGUUAUCUUUGGCGAAACAGGCCCUGAGUAUUGCAAUUACGCAUUUAUUGGAAGACAACGAUGCAUAUAAGAGAGUUAUUGAUGUUUCUGAAAGAGCAGACUGCUUUUAUUGGAAGACAACGGACAGGGUAGUGAAGGGGUGGAGCACAAAGAAAUCAGAUGAGGACAUUCCUUUUCUACCUCGUUUGCAAAGUGAAGCUCCUGGUAUGUUUAUAGAUAAUGUUUUUGCAACUCUUGGCUCUCAUUCGGUACCAGUUAAUUCCUCAGAACCGACACUGCUGGUCUAUCCCUUUUUGUUAUUGUUUCUUGAUGAGCUGAGGGGGUUUCUUUCUGUACCUUUUAACACUCCUUGCCUCAUUGUUAAUGGACUGGAGCGCCUGGUUGAAGCAUCACCUGUGGUGAAAAAGGUUCUGCCUGUUGCAAUGGCUUUCACCUUUGGUGUGCUAUUUGCCAAGAGAAUAUAUGGUGUUAAAGAGUAG